UUCUCUAGAAUCAUACGAUUUGUAUAGAAAGCUGAUUCAUAUCCAGCUUCUUAUGCUUCUUCACUCGCUAUUAUUAUUAUUCCUCUUUCUUUCUGGAAUUUGGGGUUGAUUUUGGAUCAAAUAUUGGGGAUGGCAUCGGCGGCGUCAGGGAAGGUGGAGAAGGGGCACCAGCUCUACAGGGACGGCAAGUACAAGGAAGCUCUUCUCUUCUACACUGAGGCUCUCUCGGCGGCUAAGUCCAAGUCCCAGAAGAUCGCUCUUCACAGCAACCGCGCCGCCUGUUAUUUGAAAUUGCACGAUUUCAAACAGGCAGCAGAAGAAUGCACUUGGGUGCUGGAGCUUGAUCAGAAACACAGCGGUGCAUUGAUGCUCAGGGCCCAGACUUUAGUCACUCUUAAAGAUUACCAUUCCGCUCUCUUUGAUGUCACCAGGCUCUUGGACUUGAACCCUGAUUCUGAUGUUUACCAAAACCUCGAGGCUCGCUUGCGGACGCAGUUGUCCCUUGCUCCAAUUCCUGAAUCUGAAGCAGAGUUGGAAGAUGAAGAUGAAGAACAACAAGACACAGAUGAACAGUCAACUAGGAAAGAUGAGAGUAGGUUUGAGUCAUUAGUUUCCAUCACAAGAGAUGUAAGAAACAAGGGGGAAGAAGUCGUUGCACCUAAAACACCUGAGGUUAGAGAAGACAAGAGCAAGGAGGAUGGGUCAUUCUCCAAUGCAUGGCAAGCCAUCCCUAAGCCCAAGGGUCAUUCCACACUCGAUUAUGCCCGUUGGAAUACAGUUCAAAACGACGACUCCAGUGAAGAAGAUGACAGCGAUGAAGACAGUGACGAGGAGGAUCAGCCUCAGUACAGAUUCCGUGUUAGAACCGUCGGUGUGCGUCCUGUGAAGUGAUAAAAAAAAGGUGUAGAUUCAUAGGGACGUGUUGCACACUAAGAGCCGUGAAAAGAGAAAAACCAUAAGAGAGCAGCAGACUGUUCAUGUCCUGUGAAGUAGUGAUGUUAUACAUAUUCGUUCAGAAAACACAUGUAUAAGUCUAGAUGUGAUGUCACAGUUGUAUACAAUAGGACCAUUAUCAAAUGAAAUGGUGCCUUCAUCUCUUGAUCAUGGCAGUUUCAAUAUACAACAUUAUACACUUUCUGUACAA